CUCGCGCUCGCGGGCCGUGGGGGCGAGAACGCCGGCGGCGGCGAGCCGGCGUCGCCCGCCGCCCCCAGACAGUGGCAAACUUCGCGGUGUCCCCGGAGCUCGCCUGGACGAGACUGAUACCUCACAAAUAAAAUCCAAUCCAAUCCCCCCACCCCCCCAUCCCAGCCUGAAUCAUGGAGGCUGUGGCCGCCCGAGUGCCGCCGCCGCCGCCGGCCCCUACCCAUUAGCCCGGGACCAACAGCGCCACAGUGAGCGAGCGAGGAGGGGGAGAGAGGGAGUCUGUCUGCAAAGUGCUGCUCCCUGGUGCUCAGAGGCGGCUGCUCCAGCUCCAACUCUCAUUCAUUUCGCCGGUUAACAUGAGAGAUCAUGGCCGCCUUCGGGCUUCUCAGCUAUGAGCAGAGACCGCUGAAACGCCCCCGGCUCGGGCCGCCCGACGUCUACCCGCAGGACCCCAAGCAGAAGGAGGAUGAACUUACUGCUGUGAAUGUAAAGCAAGGCUUCAACAAUCAACCAGCCUUUACUGGAGAUGAACAUGGCUCAGCCAGAAAUAUUGUAAUUAACCCAUCAAAGAUUGGAGCUUAUUUCAGCAGUAUAUUAGCUGAGAAACUAAAGCUUAACACUUUCCAGGACACCGGAAAGAAGAAACCACAAGUUAAUGCUAAAGAUAAUUAUUGGCUGGUUACUGCUCGAUCCCAGAGUGCAAUUCAUAGUUGGUUCUCUGACUUAGCAGGAAAUAAACCACUUGCUAUUUUGGCAAAAAAGGUUCCAAUCCUUAGUAAAAAAGAAGAUGUUUUUGCAUAUUUAGCUAAAUAUUCAGUGCCAAUGGUUCGAGCAACGUGGCUGAUCAAGAUGACCUGUGCCUAUUAUUCUGCUAUUUCUGAAGCUAAAAUUAAGAAACGUCAGGCUACUGAUCCUAAUUUGGAGUGGACACAAAUAUCUACCAGAUAUCUUCGAGAGCAGUUGGCCAAGAUUUCUGACUUCUACCACAUGGCUUCCAGUGCGGGGGAUGGUUCUGUCCCCGUGCCACCGGACGUGGAGCAGGCCAUGAAGCAGUGGGAGUACAAUGAAAAGCUGGCGUUUCACAUGUUCCAGGAAGGAAUGCUAGAGAAACAUGAAUAUUUGACAUGGAUCUUGGAUGUUUUAGAAAAGAUCAGACCAAUGGAUGAUGAUCUUCUUAAACUCUUGCUGCCACUAAUGCUGCAGUAUUCGGACGAGUUUGUUCAGUCGGCUUACCUGUCUCGUCGUCUUGCCUACUUUUGUGCCCGGCGUCUUGCCUUGCUGCUGAGCGAUAGCCCCAGCCUCCUUGCUGCCCACUCGCCCCACAUGAUGAUAGGACCAAACAGCUCAAGCAUCGGGGCCCCCAGCCCUGGCCCCCCCGGCCCUGUCAUGAGCCCUGUGCAGCUGGCCUUCUCAGACUUCCUGUCCUGUGCGCAGCAUGGCCCCCUGGUUUAUGGACUUAGUUGUAUGCUGCAGACUGUCACUCUCUGUUGCCCAAGUGCCUUGGUGUGGAAUUAUUCCACAAACGACAAUAAGAGCGCGAACCCAGGCUCGCCCCUGGAUCUGCUGCAGGUGGCCCCUUCCAGCCUCCCCAUGCCUGGUGGGAACACCGCUUUCAAUCAGCAGGUUCGGGCAAGGAUUUACGAGGUGGAACAGCAGAUCAAACAAAGAGGCCGUGCGGUGGAAGUUCGGUGGUCUUUUGACAAGUGCCAAGAGUCAACAGCAGGGGUUACCAUUAGUCGGGUUUUGCACACGUUGGAAGUGUUGGAUCGACAUUGUUUUGAUCGGACUGAUUCCAGCAAUUCCAUGGAGACGCUUUAUCAUAAGAUUUUCUGGGCAAACCAAAACAAAGAUAACCAAGAGGUCGCCCCCAAUGAUGAAGCCGUGGUGACCCUGCUGUGUGAGUGGGCAGUGAGCUGCAAGCGGUCGGGCAAGCACAGGGCCAUAGCUGUGGCGAAGCUCCUGGAGAAGAGGCAGGCGGAAAUUGAGGCAGAGAGAUGUGGUGAAUCAGAGGUAUUGGAUGAGAAAGAAUCCAUUUCUUCAGCCUCUCUUGCUGGAUCUAGUUUGCCUGUUUUCCAGAAUGUUCUAUUAAGAUUUUUAGAUACACAGGCCCCCUCAUUAUCGGAUCCAAAUAGUGAAUGUGAAAAGGUAGAAUUUGUGAAUCUGGUGCUGCUCUUCUGUGAGUUCAUCCGACACGAUGUCUUCUCUCAUGAUGCAUACAUGUGCACCCUCAUAUCUCGAGGAGACUUGUCAGUCACCGCCUCGACCCGACCACGGUCGCCAGCAGGAGAGAAUGUGGAUGACCACUACCCAAAGGACCAUGACAUGAAAAUGGAGGAACAGACUAUAAUGGCGCAUAUGGGCCUUGACUCAGGAACUACUAAUAUUUUUGAUGAAGUAGACAAGAAUGACUUUAAAACUGACUUUGGUUCGGAAUUUCCAAUUUUUUCUCCCAUGCCUGGAGAAUCCUGUGAGAAUGCCAACUCUUCCUUGGGCAGAAGAAUGUCGGUUAAUGGUGAGAAGUUGCUUAAGAGAGAAAAACCCAGGGAGCUAAUUUUUCCGUCUAAUUAUGACCUCCUGCGACACCUGCAGUAUGCAACACAUUUCCCCAUACCUCUGGAUGAAUCUUCAAGUCAUGAAUGUAACCAGCGCACAAUCCUUCUUUAUGGAGUGGGCAAGGAGCGUGACGAAGCGAGGCAUCAGUUGAAGAAGAUUACCAAAGACAUUUUGAAAAUCCUAAAUAAGAAGAGCACCACAGAGACAGGGGUUGGAGAUGAAGGACCAAAAGCCAGGAAGAACAAACAGGAAGCAUUUCCGACCCUGGAGACUGUGUUCACAAAACUUCAGCUCCUUUCAUAUUUUGAUCAGCAUCAAGUGACGUCUCAGAUCUCUAACAAUGUGCUGGAACAAAUCACGAGCUUUGCUUCAGGAACUUCCUAUCAUCUUCCUUUGGCACACCAUAUUCAGCUUAUCUUUGAUCUUAUGGAGCCAGCGCUGAACAUCAAUGGACUGAUUGACUUCGCAAUACAGCUGCUUAAUGAACUGAGUGUUGUGGAAGCCGAACUGCUCCUGAAAUCCUCCAGCCUGGCAGGAAGUUACACAACGGGACUGUGCGUGUGCAUCGUGGCUGUUCUCAGGCGAUACCACAGCUGUCUCAUCCUGAAUCCUGAUCAGACAGCCCAGGUGUUUGAAGGGUUAUGUGGUGUGGUAAAGCAUGUUGUGAACCCCUCAGAAUGUUCCUCCCCCGAGAGAUGCAUCUUAGCCUACCUCUAUGAUCUCUAUGUGUCAUGUAGCCACCUCAGAAGCAAAUUUGGAGACCUCUUCAGUAGUGCCUGUUCAAAAGUUAAACAAACCAUAUAUAAUAAUGUGAUGCCUGCGAAUUCUAACUUGCGAUGGGAUCCAGACUUCAUGAUGGAUUUUAUUGAGAAUCCUUCAGCUCGUAGCAUCAAUUACUCAAUGCUCGGCAAGAUCCUUAGUGACAAUGCGGCCAAUCGCUACAGCUUCGUCUGUAAUACGCUCAUGAAUGUGUGUAUGGGCCAUCAGGAUGCAGGAAGGAUUAAUGACAUUGCCAAUUUCUCCUCCGAGCUGACUGCUUGCUGCACUGUUCUUAGUUCAGAAUGGCUGGGAGUUCUGAAGGCUCUUUGUUGUUCUUCAAAUCAUGUGUGGGGGUUUAAUGAUGUACUUUGCACUGUAGAUGUGAGUGACCUUUCAUUCCAUGAUUCAUUAGCUACUUUCAUUGCUAUUCUGAUAGCACGACAGUGUUUCUCCCUGGAGGACGUCGUGCAGCACGUGGCACUUCCCUCUCUCCUAGCAGCAGCUUGUGGAGAUGCAGAUGCUGAGCCUGGGGCAAGGAUGACAUGCCGACUCCUGCUUCAUCUCUUCCGAGCUCCCCAGGCCUGCUUAUUACCUCAAGCAACUGGCAAACCUUUCCCUGGAAUAAGAUCAUCUUGUGAUAGACACCUCUUAGCUGCUGCCCACAACAGCAUUGAAGUGGGAGCCGUGUUUGCUGUCUUAAAGGCAAUUAUGAUGCUUGGAGAUGCCAAAAUUGGCAAUAACAAUGUCAGCUCUUUAAAGAAUGAUGACUUCACCAUGAGGGGUUUACGACGUGAUGGGAAUACUGAUGAUAUCUGGACUGCCUCACAAAAUCCAAAAUCCUGUGGGAAAAGCAUUUCCAUAGAAACUGCCAAUUUAAGAGAAUAUGCCAGAUAUGUACUGAGGACUAUCUGUCAACAGGAAUGGGUAGGAGAACAUUGCUUAAAAGAACCUGAAAGGUUAUGCACAGACAAAGAGCUUAUUUUGGACCCCGUGCUUUCAAAUAUGCAAGCACAGAAAUUACUGCAGCUUAUCUGUUAUCCUCAUGGUAUUAAAGAAUGUACUGAGGGCGACAACUUGCAAAGACAGCACAUUAAGCGUAUUCUUCAGAAUCUUGAGCAGUGGACGUUAAGGCAGUCCUGGCUAGAACUUCAGUUAAUGAUCAAACAGUGCUUGAAGGACCCUGGCUCUGGUUCUGUGGCUGAAAUGAACAACUUACUGGACAAUAUUGCAAAGGCAACAAUAGAGGUAUUCCAGCAGUCUGCUGAUUUGAACAAUAAUUCUUCUAAUUCUGGCAUGGGCCUCUUCAACCCAAAUGGAAUUGGAAAUACUGAUACAAGUAGCACGAGGCAGAAUGGAAUAAAGACGUUUCUGAGUUCCUCUGAACGCAGGGGUGUGUGGCUGGUGGCCCCCCUAAUUGCCCGGCUGCCGACCUCUGUGCAAGGACGGGUACUAAAAGCUGCCGGAGAGGAGCUGGAGAAGGGACAGCACUUGGGCUCCUCUUCAAAAAAGGAAAGAGACAGACAAAAACAGAAAAGUAUGUCUCUUUUGAGUCAACAACCUUUCCUUUCACUGGUCCUUACCUGCCUUAAGGGACAAGAUGAACAACGGGAAGGCCUCUUAACAUCUCUUCAGAAUCAAGUUAAUCAGAUUUUGAGUAAUUGGAGAGAAGAACGAUACCAGGACGACAUAAAAGCACGGCAGAUGAUGCAUGAAGCAUUGCAACUUCGCCUAAAUUUGGUGGGCGGAAUGUUUGACACUGUGCAGAGGAGCACCCAAUGGACGACAGAUUGGGCCCUCCUCCUCCUCCAGAUCAUUACUUCUGGAACUGUUGACAUGCACACUAACAAUGAAUUAUUCACAACAGUUCUUGACAUGCUGGGUGUUUUAAUCAAUGGAACUUUAGCCUCAGACCUAUCAAAUGCAUCCCCAGGAGGAUCUGAAGAGAACAAACGUGCAUACAUGAAUUUAGUAAAGAAACUGAAAAAAGAGCUAGGAGACAAGAGAUCAGAAAGUAUUGACAAAGUUCGACAGUUGCUACCUUUGCCAAAACAGACAUGUGAUGUCAUCACUUGUGAACCUAUGGGUUCCUUGAUUGACACAAAGGGAAACAAAAUUGCUGGAUUCGACUCUAUAGAUAAAAAACAGGGUCUCCAGGUCUCUACAAAGCAGAAGGUGUCCCCCUGGGAUUUGUUUGAGGGUCAGAAGAACCCAGCGCCUCUCUCCUGGGCCUGGUUCGGGACUGUCCGAGUGGACCGAAAGGUGAUCAAGUACGAGGAACAGCAUCACCUGCUGCUGUAUCACACACACCCUAUGCCCAAGCCCCGAAGUUACUACCUCGAGCCGCUGCCCCUGCCUCCCGAGGAGGAAGAGGAAGAGCCCACAUCUCCUGUCUCUCAGGAGCCGGAGAGGAAAUCAGCUGAGCUGUCAGAUCAGGGAAAAACCACAACAGACGAGGAGAAGAAGACAAAGGGAAGGAAGCGCAAGACGAAAUCAAGCUCAAGAGUUGAUGAGUAUCCACAGAGCAACAUAUACCGAGUGCCUCCUAACUACUCACCCAUUUCCUCCCAGAUGUUGCACCAUCCACAGUCCACCUUGUGGGGCUACAACCUCAUGGGUCAGCCCCAGCAGCCGGGUUUUUUCCUUCAGAAUCAAUCUCUUACUCCAGGUGGCUCCAGACUGGACCCCACGGGCUCCUUCGUCCCCACCAACACCAAGCAAGCUCUGUCCAACAUGCUACAGCGGCGCUCGGGCGCCAUGAUGCAGCCGCCCCCGCUGCACGCCAUCACCUCGCAGCAGCAGUUGAUACAGAUGAAGCUUCUGCAGCAACAGCAGCAGCAACGGCUCCUCAGGCAAGCCCAGGCUCGACCUUUCCAACAGGACUUCUGUAACUCUGCUGUCUCCCUACUGGAAGACUUUGACAACAUAAUGGGCCCACCAGGGGACCAGGCUGCUCUCUUUGCUGCACAGGCUCGGCCCUCCCCUCAGCUGUCCCAGUACCCAGGGCUGCAGCAAGCACAGACCAUGCCCCAGGGCUAUACAAUGUAUGGAACGCAGAUGCCUUUGCCACAGACCCCACAGCAGCAGGCUGGCGGCGUGCUCCUGUCUCCCAACUACAACUCCAGAACCUAUCCGGCUGCACAUUCCAACCCGGCGCUGAUGGAAAGACUCCGACAGAUGCAGCAGCAGCCCAGUGGCUAUGUUCAGCAGCAGGCGUCGCCAUACCUACAGCCCUUGCCUGGCUCUCAGAGACUGAAUCAUCAGUCCCUUCAGCAGAGCCCUCUGGUAGGUGGGGGAAUCGAUGCGGUGCUGACUUCCACACAUCCAAGCCUUCCCUCGGUGCCCCUGCCUCAGGACCCAAUGCGACCCAGGCAGCCACAGGUUCGACAGCAGCAGAGGCUCCUCCAGAUGCAGCAACCCCCCCAGCCCCAGCAACCCCCCCAGCCCCAGAGUCAGACCCUUGGUCUUCAAGCGAUGCAGCCCCAGCAGCCUUUGUUCCCCAGGCAAGGCUUGCAACAGACCCAGCAGCAGCAGCAGACGGCGGCCCUGGUGCGGCAGCUCCAGAAGCAGCUUUCCAGUAACCAGCCACAGCAAGGAGUGACUCCCUAUGGGCAUCCAUCACACUUCUGAAUCUGGAAGAGGACAAGACAUAGAGUUUUAUGUUUGCACUGAAAUCAAAUUUAAUGCAUCAGUCAUCUCUGGAAAUGUCCCUUUGUUCUUUCCUUUCUUUGAAGUUUUCUUAUAUUUUGUGCUACAUUUCAUAUAGAGGAGGUAUUUAAAACAAAAAGGAGGAAGUGUGGUUUGGGGUUUUUUGGUUAAAUUCAACUUUAAAGUAGGUAUGAAAAUGUGGAUCAUGUGGGCCUACUCCAGGAAGAGCGUGGUAGCAGAUCAUUUGAAAUUGGUGCUUUUUUUUGAAUCUCAUAGAAAGAAUGAAUUAUGGUGGAUUUAAAAUAUGUAUGUAUUCAUUAAUGAUGAAGUUUGUUGUUUUCUUCUUCCCCCCAAACUGUGCUGGACCAAACUACUGAUUUGAAAGGCGUGUCAGAUCUUAACAGGAGAGUGACCCCUUUAUUCUGCUUUCACCUUUGGUGGUGAAAAGGACAUCUAUUUGCAUUGCUCUGAUUUGAAAUGUUUGUAAUUUCAUAAGCACUUUAUAAACUGUGUUCUUAUUUAUGUAGGAUUUUUCUUUGCUUUUGUUGUGGUCAAAAGGUGCUGAAACAGAUUGUUGCUUAGUACUUAAACUUCUUAGACCAAGAACUUCAACCCAGGCUUCCAUGAGAGCCACCCUCAGAUAUGUGGAAGCCUCUUAGAAGUAGCUGUACUCGGAUUUGUUUUCAGUGGCGGGAGCAUUGGCCAGAGUCUUUGUAAAGGUACAACAUGUCAAUUCUAAAGGCUUGAACGAACCACAGUGGGAUUGUUCCAACUCUUUAUUGCUAGAGUUGGCAAAAAUGACUCUUGGUUCUCCUGAACCUUAUGCCAACUUGAGAAAAAACAAUCCUGCUGCUGGCCUGAGAUUCCAAGUGCUCAAAUUUGAUGUGGUUUCCAGAGAAUCUGGCCCCCAAGUCCAGAAGGCUCUGGUUUUCAUAAAGAUGUAUUUGCUGUUUAUUUUGUAUGGUAAGUAUUUGCUAUUUUGAAUUUAAUUAUUAAUGUUGGUGUCUUGGUUGUGUAUUGCAUAUACUGUAUUUAUAAAUUGGUGCAAAAAGCACAAGUAAAUUAUACAUCAAAUUUAUUAUAAAGAAAUAGUAACUAUUUUAACUUUGUUGAAGUAUGUGGUAAUUUGCUCCUAUUAGAGUAAAAAAAUACAGUAAAUUAUUAUCAGUUUGUGUAACUUAAGAGUAUUCCAUAUAAUAUUUUUUUAGAUUUAGAUGCAUAAAAUUUUGAAUGUGAAAAUUGCAGGGCAUUUUAAAACAUGUGGGGGAUAUUUUCCCAUGUUUUGUGUUAAUUCAUUUCCUUUUGCCAUAUGAUUUUACAUGUAAUGUAGUUGAGCAUACUGUGAAUAGAUUUGUCUAUAAUGAGCAAACCAUGUAGAACUACUUUUUUAAAAUGUAGCUAGUACGACUUUAGAUUAUUUCUUUUGCAAAUCAUUAUAUAAAUAAUUUAUAUCUUCCUAGGUGAGUUACUUAUUGCAAAGUUUGACUCAUGCAAACGACCUCAAAUACAUGUCCGCUUACUUUU